AACUCGGACUUCCUGGCACUUCGUGUUAGUUGCCUUGAUUCUUGUCUCUUCUCUGGCCUCAGGCCGCUGGCACGCUCCACCGACGCCAGCAUGGAGGUGCUACGCGCCGCCGCCUCCAGCCCCAACGUGGCCGCCAGGGACGCCGCAGGCAGCGCAGGAGACCUCGACGAGGAAGAGGACGAGGACAUCGGAGUGUAUGCAGAAUCCUACAGGAGUGCAACAUGGAUUUAUAUAGGAGAUUCAGAAGAAAUGCAUGUAUGGCAAAAACCAGAAACGAAAGGUGAUGAAAAAGAUGAAAAAAGUGUUGAAGAAGAAGUAGUAACUGGCAAUGGGAGGAGAAGCUCUGAUGAAUCAACAAAUUCUGAAAGAGAUUUUAAGCGAAAAUAUCAAGCUAUUACUCAUCGGAUGGUACAUCGAAAAUCCAGUGUAGAAAUGUAUAAACGAUUGGCCUCAAAGUCUUUUGAAGAAAGUGAUGAUAGGAAAUCCAACUUACUACAGCUUCAUCUUGAAGAAAUUUUGCAGCAAAUGCUGGCAAUUUGGAGAAAACAAAUAUGGGCCUUAAAGGUCAGGGGACGAGAAACUGUUGAAUGUGAUAAAACAGUUGUGGUCCGUCGGCAGUCAGGAGAAUUUGGCUUCCGUAUUCAUGGCUCACGGCCUGUGGUAGUCUCAGCAAUUGAACCAGACACACCUGCCGAAACAUCUGGACUGGAAGUGGGAGAUAUUGUCAUAGCUGUCAAUGGUGUCAAUGUUUUAGAUGCAUCUCACUCAGAGGUUGUAAAGAUAGCUCAUGCAGGUUCUGAUACUCUUGAAUUGGAGGUUGCUCGAACUUGCAACGUUCUCACUCCUGUGCUGAGAGAACCUGGAUCUGGAAGUGCAUUGUACUCUGGGUACCUAUGGAAGCAGGGUAGCACGGUGGCAAGUGGAAAUGGUCGAAAAUGGGUCCGGCGUUGGUUCUGUCUCAAAAGGGACAAUUGCCUCUACUACUAUAAGACUGAUGCUGAGAGUCAACCAUUGGGAGCAUUGAUGCUGACAGACUACAGCGUAAUACGCACACCAGACAGCGGCCAUGCUCACAGCUUCCAGCUAACACGAGCUGGGUGUACUGGACUUCAUUUAGCUGCUGAUUCUGAGGAGGGUGCUACUCGCUGGCUUGCUGUCAUCAGCCACUCUAUUGAGCGCAACACCCAGCCAGACUGUUUUGGCUACCUCAUGAAGCUGGGCCAGCGUUGGAAAGCUUGGCAACGGCGAUACUGUGUGCUCAAGGAUGCUUGCCUCUACUUUUAUCAAGAUGGCAGUUCUGAUUCUGCUUUAGGAAUGGUAUGUCUGCAUGGUUAUAGAGUGCAGAAUUCAACUGCUGGAGGUAAAAGAUUUGCCUUUGAGAUUCUUCCUCCAGAACCACACCAACGGCACUAUUAUCUUCACACAGACUCAGAAAUGGAUAAGAAAAGGCAAGUGUAUGCGUUUGAACUAGAACACUUUUUCUAG